UUUACGAAAUGUGUGCUGAAUUGUAAGGUUAUGUCGUUGAUCCCUUUUGAAUUAUAAAUAAAGUUUAUUUCGGGUGGGUUUAGUUGGGUUGAAGGUUAAAGGUAAAAUUCGACCAUGUUUCUCACCAAUGUCCUUCUGAAGAGGGUCAAAAGCAAACGCAUUAUGGUUCAAAUGGAAAGUGUAGUGAGUGGCCACACGUUUAACAAGAUAAGAGAAAGAUUAGCCGAUAAACUGGAAGUUGUACGUUUCGAUCCCUGGCUCCAAAAGGAAUGCGUAUACAAGGAAGCAAAGAAAGUCAGAAGUAUGGAUAAAUAGACUAUAGUAAAUUUGUAAAUAUAGACAAUAAAUCGUUUAAUAAAACAA